UGUUGUACCCCUUUCCCCCCUUUUCUCAGCCUUCCCCUUUCUCUCUCUCUCUCUCUCUUUCUCUCUCUUCACUCUUCAGAGCUCUCUCUUUUCUCCUCCAGAGACCCAUUUGGCAGCAAACCCGACCAACAAUGGAAGAACCCAACUUUUCAGGUUUUGUAAUAGAUCCUGCCAAAUGUAGUGAGUUGAGUUUGGAGGAGAAGAGAGAUCUAGUGCAUGAGAUUUCACAAUGGGCAGACAAUGCACCUGAAAUCCUUCAGUCCUUUAGUCGUCGAGAACUUCUUCAACUUAUCAAUGCAGAAUUGGGAAAGGAAAGGAAAUAUACCGGAGUUACAAAGCCUAAAAUGAUUAGCCAUCUCCUUAAGCUAGUUUCAGAGAAGAAUGGGAAGAAGACUGAUGAUAAAGCAGGGCCUUCAUCUAAAAAGAAAAGGAAGAAAGAAAUUCUUCUGCAGUUUGCUAAUGAUGCAGCUCCUGAUCACUCUCAAAAUAGAGAAAUAGAACAAAUCGGUACUCCACUUUGUCAGAAUCUUGCUUGCAGAGCUACUUUAGCUAAUGGAGAUAAGUAUUGCAAGCGGUGCUCUUGCUGCAUUUGCUAUCAGUAUGAUGACAAUAAGGACCCAAGUUUAUGGUUGGUUUGUAGCUCUGAUCCACCAUAUUCUGGCGAUUCUUGUGGCAUGUCCUGCCACUUGAAAUGUGCUCUUAAAAGUGAGAAGGCUGGGAUUACUGAGAGUGGAUGCUACACGAAGUUGGAUGGAAGUUUCUAUUGUGUUUGCUGUGGGAAGGUGAACUGGCUGAUUGGGAGCUGGCGGAAACAACUUCAAAUUGCUAGGGAAGCUAGGAGAGUGGACAUACUAUGUGAUCGUUUGUCUCUGAGCCACAAAAUCCUCAAAGGAACUGAACUAUACAAAGAACUUCAGAACACUGUAAAUGAAGCUGUGAAAAAGCUCAAAAAAGAGCUUGGACCUCUUGAUAAAGUCUCGGCAGUGAUGGCAAGGGGUAUUGUGAACCGACUAGCUUGUGGUGCCGAAGUCCAGAAGUUGUGUGGUUUAGCAGUACAAGCUCUGGAUACCAUGCUUUCACGCACAUUUGAUGGAUUGGUUAACUCUGCAGACUUGAAAAACCCAGGUCCCCAAACAUUCAAAAUCCAAUUCGAAGACAUAUCUCCAACCUCAGUUACUGUCUCGCUUCAAUCCAAAGACGAAGCCUUCGAAGACACCAUAAUUGGCUGCUCGCUAUGGCAUCGAAGCUCACACUCUUUAGUCUACCCUCGAGAACCUACUUUCAUAAUACUUAGACCUGAAACAGAAUUCAAAGUUUCUGGCCUCUCUCCAUCAACUGAAUAUUACUUCAAGGCCUCACCCUUCAGCAGCACGAAAGAACUUGGUAAAUGGGAGGUUCAUUGUAUAACCCGAAACCUCAACUACAUUUCAAAAUCUCCAAAAGUGGAGCAAGAAUUGAUCGAUCAACCAGCUAUAGUUGAAGCUGACUCUCAAAGAGGUUCAACCAAUACAAGUGACAACAACCAAGGACCAAACCAUAAAAAUGCACCAACGGACACACCGAGCAACCCCAGUAGGCCGAAUAAUACUUUGCCAGAUUCUGGCAAUAAGGCUUCAACCGAAGAGAGACAAUAUGAAUAUUGUGUGAAGGUGAUAAGAUGGUUAGAAUGCGAGGGAUACAUGGAGAAAGAGUUCCGGGUGAAGCUUUUGACUUGGUUUAGUUUGAAGGCGACGCCUCAAGAACGAAGGGUUGUGAGCGCGUUUAUUGACGUGUUGAUUGAUGAGCCUGAGAGCUUGGUUGCUCAAUUGGCUGAUGCUUUCAUGGAUGGGAUAUGUAAUAACAAGAAACAGGUAGUUAGAAAAGUGUUUUGCACUAGAAUGUGGCAUUGAGAAUUGUGGUGCUUUCGUACUAACAAUGUUUGGGAUGCCAUUGUGGGUGCAUUUAACUAGCAGUUCUUUAGUUGGUUGAUUCAGAAGUAGAGACUAAUUCAAAGUCAAGUUGUUGAUCUUUGUUGAGAACUUACUUUGGUAUGUGUUAUUUGUACUAAUUGAUGUUUUCCUUUCACUU